AUGACCAGUGUUGGGAAGAAGCUGAUCCGCCGGCGGGUGGUGGAUCUGAGCUCUGAGGAGACACGUUUUGCCCGCUGCCUCUCCACGCUGGACCUCAUUGCUCUGGGGGUGGGCAGCACGCUGGGGGCCGGUGUCUACGUGCUGGCAGGGGAGGUGGCCAAGGAGAUGGCUGGCCCCUCCAUCGUCCUCUGCUUCCUGGUGGCUGCUCUCUCCUCGAUGCUGGCCGGGCUCUGCUACGCUGAGUUUGGGGCCCGUGUCCCCAAGACGGGCUCUGCCUACCUCUACAGCUAUGUCACCGUGGGCGAGAUCUGGGCUUUCACCACCGGCUGGAACCUCAUCCUCUCCUACGUGAUAGGAACAACCAGACAGAGCUGUCACCUCAUUCCGUGGUCGGCAGGUACCAUCAAAUCCUUCUCCUCCUCCCAACAGGUGCCUGGGCGGCGGAGCGGCGUCGAGGCGGCGGAUGGGUCUGGCAGGAUGACUUGUUGCCAGGUGGUUGCUGCGCUCUUGCUUGCCUUUCUUCACAGCGCUGCAGCUGGUGACCCGAUUCCUGCUCUCGUUCCCCAGUCCACGCGGCAGCUAGCCAAACCGCGGUUCUCGGCACAGCCCGUCCUGGAGCUGACGACACGCUGUGACGAAGCUUGUGCCCAGCGGGAGGCUGCCUUGACGCCCCAGGAUUUCCAGGAGUAUCUCUCUUACGAGACGGUGUACGCCAACGGCACCCGCACCCUCACCACAGUGGAACUGAGCCCGCGGGAGAGCGGCCUGGAGAGGAGGUGGCGGAGGCGGCGUGUGCGGCACAAGCGGCAGAUUUAUGGCAUAGAUGGGCGGUUCUCCAUCAGCGGGAACCACUUCCUGAUGGACUACCCCUUCUCGGCUACCGUCAAGAUCUCCACAGGGUGCACAGGGGUGCUCGUGUCUGAGCGGCACGUCCUUACUGCUGCCCAUUGCAUUCACGAUGGCAAAGACUACGUGAGGGGGGCCAAGAAGAUCAAGGUGGGUUUCCUAACGCCGGUGCAGAGCGCUGGCAACAGGACGGAGAGGCUGGCGAUGCGCUGGGCACGUGUGCAGCGCACACGGGUGCCUAAGGGCUGGAUUAGGGGCUCCAACUCGGUCAGCAUGGACUACGACUAUGCCCUUUUGGAGCUGCGCAGGCCACACCAGCGCCCGCACAUGAAGCUGACGGUGGCUCCAGCAGUGGAGGAGAUGGCUGGGAAGAGGAUUCAUUUCUCGGGGUUUGACAGUGACCGGCCAGGCGAGCUGGUAUACCGCUUCUGCGGGGUGGAAGAUGAGACGGCCCACCUCAUCUAUCAGCACUGUGAUGCCAGGCCUGGUGCAUCUGGCUCUGGGGUAUACGGCAAAGUGUGGGACCCCGUUCAACACAAAUGGGAGAGGAAGGUGAUCGGGGUCUUCUCAGGGCACCAGUGGCUGGAAGUAGGUGGGGAGCAGCAUGACUAUAAUGUUGCUGUUCGCCUGAGCGCUUUGAAGUUUGCUCAGAUUUGUUACUGGAUCAAAGGAGACUAUAAAAGCUGUCAGAAUGAAUGAGAACUAGAGCCUUCCUCUUCCCCUCCCCAGUGCAGAAAAGCUUUGAGAGGGCAGUAUUCCCAAACAAGUGAGGCUGAGGGGUGUGGGGGGGAGCAGGGCCCUGCUGUUGAGUGAGGAGGAGGGAGAGGAUGCCUGCAC